UGCAUGAUUUAUCAUCAUCUUUAGAAAGGCGAAUCGACUCACAACUCCUGCAACCUAAGAUACUAAUUUCUUAUUGCAAAGUUACGUUGUCCACAUAAUUCUUAGUGAAUUGCAAAGAGAAAGUGAUGGGAACUGUGGUUCCGGGCUCCCUGAGUAUAUCGACCACGGAUAGACAAACGGGCACCGUUGAUUCUCCAGAAGAACUUGAUGCUGGAGCUUUGUUUGUCCUCAAGUCGAAAGGCUCAUGGCUGCACUGUGGAUACCAUUUAACAACAUCAAUUGUUGGUCCUGUGAUUUUCAGUUUUCCGUAUGCUUUGGCCUUGCUUGGUUGGGUUCCUGGAGUUUUAGUUGUGACUGUUGCAGCCCUGGUGACUUUCUAUUCAUAUAAUCUUCUGUCUGUAGUUUUGGAGCACCAUGCUCAACUCGGAAAUCGCCAGCUUCGGUUCCGGGACAUGGCCCGAGACAUUUUAGGACCUGGAUGGAGCAAGUUUCUAGUGGCACCACUUCAAUUUGCAAUAUGCUAUGGAGCUGUAAUUGCUUGUACCCUGCUUGGAGGGCAGAGCCUCAAGUUCAUUUACUUGCUCUACCAGCCAAAAGGAACAAUGCAACUGUACCAAUUCAUAGUCAUUUUCUCAGCUGUGCCGCUAUUUCUAGCACAAAUGCCAUCUUUUCACUCUCUAAGGCACAUUAACCUUGUCUCCUUAGUCCUCUGUCUGCUUUACAGCGCCUGCGUUGUCGCUGGUUCCAUAUAUAUCGGAAAUUCCAAGAAUGCACCUGCUAGAGACUAUUCAAUAACCGGAUCUCAGACAGAUCAAAUUUUUGGUGCUUUCAAUGGUAUUUCAAUCAUCGCUACCACAUAUGCAAGUGGAAUUAUUCCUGAAAUACAGGCAACUUUAGCACCCCCAGUCAAGGGCAAGAUGUUCAAAGGCCUAUGCAUUUGUUACACUGUCAUAAUCACCACAUAUUUCAGUGUGGCCAUCUCUGGGUACUGGACAUUUGGUAACCAAUCUCUACCAACAAUUCUUUCCAAUUUUAUGGGCGAUGAGAGGCCAUUGCUGCCCACUUGGUUUCUUCUGAUGACCAACAUCUUCACUCUCUUGCAACUAGUUGCCAUCACUGUGAUUUACUUGCAGCCAACAAAUGAAGUGUUUGAAAAAUGGUUUGCGAAUCCGAAGAUGGAUCAAUUCUCUAUUCGCAACGUCAUACCACGACUAAUAUUCCGGUCACUUUCAGUGAUCACUGCAACAUUUAUUGCUGCAAUGCUACCUUUCUUUGGAGACAUCAUGGCACUGUUUGGAGCAUUUGGGUGCAUACCUUUAGAUUUCAUAUUGCCAAUGGUUUUCUACAAUGUGACUUUCAAGCCAUCCAAAAAAGGCAUCAUAUUUUGGGGAAAUACAUUGAUAGCAGUAGUAUCUUCAGGAUUGGUAGCAGUGGGAGCAGUAGCAUCAGUUCGACAAAUAGUUCUUGAUGCCAAGGUGUAUAACUUAUUUGCUAAUAUGUAAUACUAGCAAUAAUAUUUUGUACCGAUUCUUGUAUACUAAUGAAACUAUAUUUACAACCAGCUAAAUAUGAAUACAUUCGGCA